GAGGAGACAGAGUAGGAACAUAUAAAAGCGGGGAGAAGACUGUAGGCACACAGAGCACAAACCGUACUGCACAUCCAGCGAGAAAACAGUGAAUCACUGUGAACAUAGAUCAAGCUACCUAACUACCAAACCUUCAGAACUUUAUCCUAACUGGGCUGCAAUGGAGCCAGAGAAGAAGACUCAGACAACAUCAGAGCAGAUGACUGACAGGGAUCUGUCAGAACAAAUAAAAAAGGUGACAAAGGAUAGUCACGUCAGGGCAGAAAACACCGAACUGAUGCUGAGCUUCCAGAAGGGAAAAGUCACUCUGCCACAGUACAAGCUCCUUCUGUGCUCGCUGUAUGAGGUCUACCAGGCCUUGGAGGAAGAGAUGGACAGGAACUCUAACCACCCCAGUGUUGCACCCAUUUACUUCCCAGCCGAACUAGCCAGACUGGAGGCCAUCGAGAAAGACCUGGAAUACUUCUAUGGCCAGGACUGGAGAGAGAAGAUUGUUGUCCCUGCAGCUACUAAAAGAUACUGCCACAGACUCAGACAAAUUGGUAAAGAAAACCCAGAAUUUUUGGUUGCCCAUGCUUACACUAGGUACCUAGGUGACCUGUCUGGAGGGCAGGUCCUGGGUCGAAUCGCCCAGAAGUCCAUGGGGCUAAAGGGCAGCGAAGGUCUGUCAUUCUUCGCCUUCCCCGGUGUGUCCAGCCCCAACCUGUUCAAACAGCUGUAUCGCAGCCGGAUGAACAGCGUGGAGCUGACGGAGGAGGAGAGGAACGGCGUGCUGGAGGAGGCUGUCAGAGCGUUUGAGUUAAACAUUCAGGUCUUUGAGGGUUUGCAGAUGUUGGCGAGUGUCACUGAAAACGAGCUAAAGACAUGUUCAACACACUCCACACCAGUAAAUACACUCCAGAUCCCCAGAGCCAUCAUCAAAACUACCCCACUGCUCAGGAUGGUGCUCGGACUUUUUGUGGCUCUGGUCACAGUCAGUGUGGGAAUCUAUGCUUUUUAGAAAAGAUAUACGAAAAAAAAAA